AUGCGGAAGCGUUUUCAUGUCAUAUGACCACCUCAAAUCAACUGUGAGAAGUUGCAAACACAGCUAGAACGUUUCUAAUAGUGGAGCAUAUUUUGUUGGUUAAAGGAAGCGUUUGCCGUGAACAGCCACCACGAACUGCACAGAUGAGGUAUCUAUUGUAUUGGUUGUUGAAAGUAACAUUAUACUAACGCCUUGCCCAAGAGGGUAAGUCACCUGGAGACAUGAGUAUCAAUGGGGAAGGCACCAACGUCCACUCUGACCAUUGGGCCGCUGCGGAUGACAUGGGCUGCGAGACCAAUCCUCUCCUGGGAAAUAGAGCAGAGGAGCCAAGGGCUAAAGGGGCCUCCUUUACCUCCUCGGUCUUCAACCUGAUGAAUGCCAUCAUGGGCAGUGGCAUCCUGGGCCUGGCCUACGCUAUGGCCAACACAGGCAUAGUGGGCUUUUGUAUCCUCUUGCUGCUAGUGUCCAGUCUGGCAGCCUACUCUAUACACCUCCUACUGAAGCUGUGUGAUCAAACCGGUAUCACCUCAUAUGAAGACCUAGGAGGCAGAGCCUUGCAGAAGCCAGGCAAAGUUCUUGUUGGAGUCAGUAUUCUCAUCCAAAACAUUGGAGCCAUGUCGUCAUACAUGUUCAUCUUGAAAACAGAGCUUCCUGCAGCCAUUGCCAGCUUCCUGAGCCCAGAGACCUCUGGGGGGGCCUGGUAUGAAGAUGGCAAAACGUUGCUGAUUCUGAUGACGGUGUGUGUGGUUCUACCUCUGGCUCUGCUGCCCAAGAUUGGUUUCUUGGGCUACACCAGUAGCCUUGCAUUCCUCUUCAUUCUCUUCUUUACAGUUGUGGUUGUGGUCAAGAAAUGGGCCAUCCCUUGCCCCCUCCCAAGCAAUGUGACCCUGAGCAUUAACCAGGUAUCCAAUUCCUCGGAAUGUACGCCCAAACUCUUCGUCAUCUCCAGUAAGAGUGCUUACACCAUCCCCACCCUGGCUUUCUCCUUCCUCUGCCACACUGCCGUGUUGCCCAUCUACAGUGAGAUGGACCGGCCCAGUAAGAAGAGGAUGCAGAAUGUGACCAAUGUUAGCAUCUCUCUGAGCUUCCUGCUCUACCUGAUCUCUGCUUUGUUUGGCUACCUCACCUUCUACAGCCAUGUAGACUCAGAGCUCUUGAUAAGCUAUGACACGUACCUGCCGCGUGAUGUCUUGGUGAUGGCUGUGCGUCUGGCCAUCCUGCUGGCUGUGCUGCUUACUGUACCCCUCAUCCAUUUCCCUGCCCGGAAGGCAAUGUCAGUGCUGUUUUGUGGAGAUAGGCCUCUCUCCUGGGUGUAUCAUAUCUUCUCCACUCUCCUGAUCCUGACUGUGGUGAUGCUGCUGGCCAUUCUUGUCCCUGACAUCAGGAAUGUGUUCGGGGUUGUGGGCUCGACCACGACGACCUGCCUGUUGUUUGUGUUCCCGGGGAUCUUCUACCUCCGGCUCAGCAACCAGCCGCUCAAGUCUAUGGAGUCUGUGGGGGCUGUAUGUCUGCUGAUCUUCGGCCUGUUUGUGGGACUGCUCAGUCUGUGUGUCAUCGUGGUCACCUGGGCACAGAACCCCUGAACAGGACCGCAGAACUAGACCACCCACAGCUCUGCUCCAUAGAGCCUAAAGGGAGAAUUAUGCCAAAGAAAUACUAUUAGGCAGCACAACAGAACUCCAUGACCACAAAAGACUGUAUGACCACAACACAGGUCAGUGGCAUGACCACAAGAUCACUGCAUCACUUCACCCAGACUCUGAAAGCAUUUGACUGCCCACCACCCCCAUACAAUCAGUGCUGCUCUUGUGUUUGUAUGUUUGACUGUACCUUUUAGCUAUGGUGCUUCCAAAGCUUCAGUUGCCUUUUUUACUUCUGGACAAUGUGUACACUUGACAAUACAUCUUGAAUGUGGGAUGACG